AUGAAAAUCGACGAGCCGAGCGAUACCAUUGGGACUGAGGAUUCAAAUACCAUCGGGCCUAUGGCGACGGUCAAGGAGGACUCUCCCGAGACGUCCAACGAGCAGAGCGCCGAUGAGCCACUCAGUUUCUCGGAGGAAGAGGGAGUCAUCGACGCUCCACACGAGGUCGACUCUUCCGCCGUCACGGAACCCGACUCGAACGACACCACCGAGCCCAGUUCACCUUCCUCCUCUGGCUUGCCAAGUGUUGCCGUGGGAACUCGCCCCAGCAUCCCUACAGAUCCCGCUCAGGUGGAGGUCCAUCAGGGCAUGACCGAGGACACCCACAACGACGCACCUUCCUUGAGCGACAACAGACCUUCCCAGGUCGGAGGAUCCAACAUCGUUGGAGCAAUUGCCACCACUACUACGGUGACUGUUUCACAGCCGCAGCCCUCGACCCUCACCACAUCCUCUGCCAGUCCGUCCGUGCUUUCUCUACCCACUGGCCCCCCUACAGCUGCAGUACCGCCGGCCACAAACUCUGCUCCUCUGUCUGGCUUCGUUCGACCUCCUCCACACGCCCCAGCAGCCCCGUCUACACAGCUCGUGAUCGGAGCAGUGCCACCCGCCGGCGGCACAAUGAACCCAAUGGUUCGCAAAGCUAUGGACUCCCUUGCAUCUCGCAAUCCUUCAUCCUCAAGCACUCAGCCCAAGACAAUCCGGGAGACCAAGCACGAGCAGACCAAGGACGGCGCGCUCACUAUUAAGGCAGUGACGGAGAUCGAGACAACGGAAAUUCCCGCGCAGAAUAUUAUUGUGAAGAUUACCAAGCAGACUAUCACGACUCGCACCAUCGAGGUCAUUCCCAUACCUUCCCCUGAGGCCAAGGCUCCAACGCACAAGACCAUCGACUUCAGCCUCUACCCUCACAUCCUCCAGAGCAUCGCACGCUACGCCUCACCCGGACUCCUCCAUUCAUUGCGCGCAACUUGCAAGGAUGUCCAGAAUAUCGUGGACAGAGAGCUGUGUCGGCACAUUACCCCGUCCGAAGGAGAAAACCUCCGAGCUAAAAAUGCUCGAAUCUGGUUUGAACCCGACGACGAGCGUGUCAACAACGCGGUCUUUAUCGACCUCGGCGAGAUAUACGCCGAGCUCACAACAGCCGUUCUUACUGCCUUUCAAUCACAGCUUACCAACAUUCGGCUUAUCCGCGCUACCGAGGUCGUCACGUUCGGCACCAACCCGGCGAUUGUGGCCAUCGCCCAGGCCGUUCCCGAGGCAUGGAUUGUGACUCGGGUCUCUCUUAGCCGCAGAUUCAGAGAUCAUUGCCUGGACAUCGGACCAAGCUUCCGUUGCAGGUUCCACUGGGGAUGUCCGUGGACGGGAGCCGAGACCAUCCGUAACUGCGUCAUCCAACUUAGCUACCACACCGCCCACAAACGCAUGAGCGAGAGCAAGCUCCAGUUCCGCUUCGCUUCUCUGGACCCAACCAUGCCUCGCACUCACUACAUCAUCUUCAGUCACCAUGAGCAGGACCACGCACGCUUCGGCCUCUCCAAGAAGGUCAAGGUCCCGGAGUUCGCCAUGCCACCAGUCAAACCCCGCGUGCUGAACAGUCUCAUCCGCUGUGUCGUCCUUACUCAUGCAGCUCGCAUCGUCCUUGUUGACGCUGCCACCUGGAAGCCCGAUUGGCUCAGCCGCAAGUACAAGCACAGCACGACCCACGAGCUCCUCGUUGAAGACACUCCUCUUGAUGCUGACAUCCUCGAGCGGCUCAGGUGGUGGAUUCAAGCCAACGCUGUAGCCAAGUCUGCUGGCGACGAGUUUACCAAGAACCAGGCCAUCGAGAACAUCUCGUUUAUCACAAUUGCUGAGUUUAAGGAGCGUGUGCCAAGUGCCGAGAUGUUCCAGCUCAUCACCGACCCUCUGGACAAGAUCGGUGUGGAGAAUGACCCGUGA